GGAAGGAUGAACGUAAAUGUCAAAGAUGGCGGCGGAGGGAGGAGGGAAGGAGAUGAACGAGAUCAAGAGUCAGUUCAGCACGCGGGAAGGCGCUUAUAAACUCCUGUCGCACUCCGAGUACAGCAGACCGAACCGGGUUCCGUUCAACUCGCAGGGCUCCAACCCCGUCAGAGUGUCGUUCGUCAACGUCAACGACCAGUCCGGUAACGGGGAGCGCAUCUGCUUCAAUGUGGGCCGAGAACUCUACUUCUACAUCUAUAAAGGCGUGCGGAAGGCCGCAGACCUCAGUAAACCCAUCGAUAAGCGCAUCUACAAGGGCACGCAGCCCACCUGCCACGACUUCAACCACCUGACGGCGACGGCGGAGAGUGUGUGUCUGCUGGUGGGCUUCUCUGCGGGACAGGUGCAGCUCAUCGACCCCAUCAAGAAGGAGACCAGCAAACUGUUCAAUGAGGAGAGGCUGAUCGAUAAGUCGCGGGUCACCUGUGUGCGGUGGGUUCCGGGCUCCGAGAGUCUGUUCCUGGUGGCGCACUCCAGCGGCAGCAUGUACCUGUACAACGUGGAGCACACCUGCGGCACCACCGCACCACACUACCAGCUGCUGAAGCAGGGCGAGAGCUACGCCGUGCACACCUGCAAGAGCAAAUCCACCCGCAACCCGCUGCUGAAGUGGACGGUGGGCGACGGCGCGCUCAACGAGUUCGCCUUCUCUCCGGACGGGAAGUUCCUGGCGGUGGUCAGUCAGGACGGCUUCCUGCGCGUCUUCAACUUCGACGCGGUGGAGCUGCACGGCACCAUGAAGAGCUACUUCGGCGGGCUGCUGUGCGUGUGCUGGAGCCCUGACGGGAAGUACAUCGUGGCGGGCGGCGAGGACGACCUGGUGACGGUGUGGUCGUUCGCAGACUGCCGGGUGAUCGCGCGCGGCCACGGUCACAAGUCAUGGGUGAGCGUGGUGGCGUUCGACCACUACACCACCAGCGUGGAGGAGAGCGAGCCCAUGGAGUUCAGCGGCAGCGACGAGGACUUCCAGGAGCAGCUGCAGUGCGGCCGCGAGCGCGCUAACAGCACGCAGUCCCGCCUGUCCAAGCGCAACUCCACGGACAGCCGGCCGCUCAGUGUGACGUACCGCUUCGGAUCGGUGGGGCAGGAUACGCAGCUGUGCCUGUGGGACCUGACGGAGGACAUCCUGUUCCCGCACCUGCCGCUGUCCCGCACACGGACACACACCAACGUCAUGAACGCUAGCGCGGCGCCGGCCGCCGGCAGCAGCACGCUCAUCGCUAACACCGCUAACAGCACUAACGGCAGUAGUGGCGGCGUCAACACGCCGGGGAACGCUCUGCCCACGCCGCUGCCGCGCUCCAACAGUCUCCCGCACUCAGCCGCCGGCGCUGCCAACAGCAGGAGCAGCGAGAACCCCGCGGCCGCCGGCGUCAGCAAGUUCGCCACGCUGUCGCUGCACGAGCGCAAGGAGCGGCACCCCGACAAAGACCACAAGCGCAACCACAGCAUGGGCCACAUCAGCAGCAAGAGCAGCGACAAGCUCAACCUGCUCACCAAGACCAAAACGGACCCUGCCAAGACCCUGGGCACGCCGCUGUGCCCGCGCAUGGAGGACGUGCCGCUGCUGGAGCCGCUGGUCUGCAAGAAGAUCGCCCACGAGCGGCUGACCGUGCUCAUCUUCCUGGAGGACUGCAUCGUCACCGCCUGCCAGGAGGGCUUCAUCUGCACAUGGGCCCGACCCGGGAAAGUGGGUUUGUUGUUGUCCCAGACGCAGGCGAACUCCCCCAGCGGGACAGUGGUAUAGCCCCAGUGUGUGCGGCUCCGCACCUGUGGCCUGCAGGGGAGCGAGGGACCGCUGGAGCGCUGGUUCUCCUGUCGGGGUUCUGGAGCUGGUGUUGACAGCAGGCCGGCUGAAGAACUCUGUUGAUUCCCAGAGUAUUUAUUUGAGCUCCUCUUCUGUUGUUGCUGUUUCCCCUCUCAGACGCGUCUCCCUGUAUUAUUAUUUCCUCCUCUGGUGUUCUUCAAGCUUCUGAGGUGUGGAAACCAGAACUCUCAGCUAGAGAAGUCCAGACCCGCUCCAUCCCAGAUCCCUUUUAAUGAGCUUUUCCGUUCCGCCUCACAGAUCUGACCCUGACGGAGACCCUGCACUGAUCUUCUUUAGUUUGCUCUGUUUUUCUAACUACUAUAACGGAUCAAAGAGACUGGACAGAAGGCAGCAGACGCUGGGGGAGGCCUGACGCACUCGGCUUUAAUAUCCUCUGUCUUGAAUCUGAAGCUGGAUGCUGCAAUCAUAGUUUUAUAAAGAACAUUUGUUUGCACUUAAUAGUUUAUUAGAAGAGAAUGGCUUUACACGUGUGUGUGUGUGUGUGUGUGUGUGUGUGUGUGUGUGUGUGUGUGUGUGUGAGGACUCACAGACCGGUCUAAUGUGGAGAAUUAUGAUUAAACUUUGUAUCUAUUGAGCAUUUAUUUUAAUAUGGUUUGAGAUGAAGAGAUCUGCUCUGUAUUAUAUGUAUAAUAGUGUAAUUCAGUGAUUUAUGGGGUGAAAGCAGACGAUCAGUAACUCUAGUGAAAGUGUGUCAUCACUGCGGGAGAUUUCUAAAGCAGAAAUAGAGCUGAUAUUAAAAUAAUCUCCAAUA